GAGAAAACAGAGUUUGAUGAGACAAGCAGAAUACAAAUCAGUGUCUACUGUCCCUCAGUCAGACUGCCGAAUCAAACCAAUAUUAGUGUGUCUGCUGAAAUGGACAGUGAUUCAGCAACUAUAAUGGCUUUAUUGGUUAUGCAUUGAAAUGGUACGAGCAUAAUCAAAAGCUCUAAUAUGAAACUAAAUAGCAAUCACCUUUUUUGUAAAUCUCAAUUUUGGAGAUUUUUUCUCAGAACCCAGUGUGUCUCCAAGACUGAAAUUAUGGAUAAAGGAUCCAUCAGGUCCCAUGGAUACGUGUGACAACCAUCAAUGCAGCCCUCGCACCAUGCCGAGAAGACAAAGGAAACCAAAGGCCCUGAUUUGAUUGUGGUCAUGUGGCACAUCUAGACCUUGAACAAAGGAUUAAAGGGGAAAGGCAAGAUGGAUCAGGAUAAUAGCUCCGUUGAUCUGUUCUUCACCAACGCCACGGAGAGCUCUGAACCCACAGAGGCACUAUGGGACAAAGCCACUCUCCUGGGGGUCCAGAUCUUCCUGUCAGCCAUCCUGGCAAUCGUCACCCUGGCCACCGUGCUGUCCAAUGCCUUUGUCAUCGCUACCAUAUUCCUGACUCGGAAGCUACACACGCCAGCCAACUUUCUGAUUGGCUCGCUGGCUGUGACAGACCUGCUGGUGUCCAUCCUGGUCAUGCCUAUCAGCAUCUUGUACACAGUGAGUAAGACCUGGGCCCUGGGGCAGAUUGUCUGCGACAUCUGGCUGUCAUCGGACAUCACCUUCUGCACUGCCUCCAUCCUGCACCUGUGCGUCAUCGCGCUGGACCGCUACUGGGCCAUCACUGACGCCCUGGAGUACUCCAAGCGCCGGACAAUGCGUCGAGCGGGCCUGAUGAUAACAGUGGUAUGGGUGAUCUCCAUCUCCAUCUCCAUGCCGCCGCUCUUCUGGAGGCAGGCCAAGGCCAACGAGGAGGUGAUGGAGUGCAUAGUGAACACGGAUCAGAUCUCCUACACGCUCUACUCCACCUUCGGGGCGUUCUAUGUUCCCACUGUGUUGCUGAUCAUCCUCUACGGCCGGAUCUACGUGGCAGCCCGCUCACGCAUCUUUAAGACACCAGUGUCGUGCGGCAAGCGCUUCACCACGGCCCAGCUCAUCCAGACGUCGGCCGGCUCCUCCAUUUGCUCCAUCAACUCCGCCUCCAACCAAGAGGGCCACCUGCACCCCGGAGGGGGAGGCAACACGGGAGGAGUGGCAGUAAACGGAGGUGGAGGAAGCAGUGGUGGGUCGCCUCUCUUCAAUAACUGCGUGACGGUGAAGCUGGCUGACAGUGUGCUGGAGAGGAAACGUCUGUGCACCGCCCGGGAGAAGAAGGCCACCAAGACGCUAGGCAUCAUCCUGGGAGCCUUCAUCGUGUGUUGGCUACCCUUUUUCGUGGUCACCCUGGUACUGGCCAUCUGCAAAGAAUGCUGGUUCCACCCAGUGCUCUUCGACGUGUUCACCUGGCUUGGCUACCUAAACUCGCUCAUCAAUCCCGUUAUCUACACUGCCUUCAAUGACGAGUUCAAACAGGCCUUCCACAAACUCAUCAAGUUCAAGAGAUGCUACUAAGCGAAUGCGAGUAUUGUACAUACAAAAUAUAUCAUAACCCAGCGUUUCCCAAACGUGGGGACUCCUGAUUUGAAAAUGGGAUUGCGAGAGAAACUCUGAAGAAAAAAAUUAAUAAUUGUGCUUGGUUCAUAAAACAGGGGUUACGUCAGUUGUAAUU